AUGAGCACAAAACAAUUUCCCCCGGUUGUUAAUGGCAUUGCUCUCAUGGGAAGUUUAAUUACAGUUUUGACAAAGGGUAUUCAAGCUACGAUCCAUAAUCUAUAUACAAAGUUUGGAAGUGUGUUCACAAUAAAUUUCUUUGGAUCAAAGAUAACCUUCUUGAUUGGUCCAGAGGCGUCAGCUCAUUUCUUUCAAGGGCCAGCUUCAAAGAUUAGCCAAGGUAAUUUUUAUGAAUUCACUGUGCCAAUGUUUGGCCAAGAAGUUGGCUUUGGCAUUGACACCUCCACAAGAAGUGAACAGAAUCGAUUCAUUAUCGAUGCACUUAAUCCAUCCAAGCUGAGGGGCCACGUUAAGCCAAUGCUACAAGAAGUGGAGGAGUAUUUUGCAAAAUGGGGUAAACAUGGCAUGAUAGACCUAAAACAUGAACUAAGCCAAGUGCUAAUGUUGAUCUCUGGUCGGUGCCUACUCGGAAAGGAGAUCCGUGAGAAGAUGCUCGAUGAGUUCUACACAUUGUUUCGUGAGGUUGAAAAUGGUCUUAACUUAGUCAAUCUCGUAUUCCCUUAUAUCCCAAUCCCGGCUAAUCGCCGACGCGACAGUGCACGUAUCAAGCUCAAAGAAAUACUCUCUAAAACUUUGAGGUCACGUAGGAGCUUUGGCAAAGUCGGGGAGGAUACACUACAAAAAUUAAUAGAUUCCAAGUAUAAAGACGGGCGCUCCACAACAGAAGAAGAGAUUACCGGGCUAAUAAUUGCCUUGGUAUUUGUUGGAAAGCACACGAGCUCCCACACUAGUGCCUGGACUGGAGCUUGCUUACUUGACAAUGCAAAGUGCUUGGAGGUUGUCAUCGAGGAGCAAAAGCAAAUCAUUGGAAAAUUUGGUGGCGAGAUUGAUUAUAAUGUUUUACUAGAGAUGACUGCCCUGCAUUGGUGUAUUAAAGAGGCACUACGGUUGCACCCUGCAACACCAAUAUUAGUUCGUAAGACACAUAAGCACUUCAAUCUGUUUACAAAAGAAGGCAAUGAAUACACCAUCGCAGCAGGACAUACCCUUGUGAGCCCUAUAAUGUUAAACAACAAUAUUCCUUCCAUUUAUAAGGACCCUGAGGUAUAUGAUCCAGAACGGUUUGGUCCUGGAAGAGAGGAGGACAAAGUUGGAGGCAAGUUCUCAUACACAUCAUUUUCUGGUGGAAGGCAUGCUUGUCCUGGUGAGGCCUAUUCUUACAUGCAAAUUAAAGUAAUAUUGAGCCAUUUACUUAGGAACUUUGAGCUCCAACUGGUAUCUCCGUUCCCAAAGGCUGAGCGGGGCAAGUUUGCUCUAGAACCACAAGGGAAAGUAAUGGUAAGCUACCAGAGACGUAAGUUGCUUGGUACCUAG